AUGCCGGAUUUUCCGACAAGUUGAGUUACACGUCAGAAUGUAACCUGUACUGGUGAGUGGACGUGUACUAUGACCUCAGCAGUUUCCGUGUGUCAGCUGAUCACGGAUUCCGGAUGUCAUGGAACGUGUGGGGGAUAUGCCGAACGACAGUGGUUUCUCCAUUGCUGGCCCCUCCACCACCCCCCGUAAGCGGCAGGUGCGCUUCUCCGCCCGCCAUGACAUCAUGCUCCUGCGGGAGGUCAUCGCCCAGAACCCCUUCAAGACCAAGGAGACAGGCCGCAUCUGGGCGCGGGUGGGCGAGAUCAUCACAGGCGCGCUACAGGACGAGAACUUUGAGGUGGACGCCCGUCGCUGUCGCGAGAGGACCAUGCUGCUGCUGGACUACUACAAGAAGCAGGACUUUCCCAGCCUGCGGAGGUUUGGAACCGAGAGGCUGUACUCACAGAAAGAGGACCUGCUCCACGAGGUGCUGGAGCUGGAGGCGGAGAAGGGGCUGAUGGGAAAAGAGGAGACCAAGUACCAGGACGAGGAGCUGAGGAAACGAGUUCUGGAAGAACUCACCAUGCCAGAGCAGGACAAACCCAACCUGCUGUCGAUAACAGCGCUACCUACAGAGGUCACGACCCCAGAGCCAGAGGACCCAGAGGGGGUGGGCGAGCUGGCAGACCUGCCCGCGCCCACGGCCAAGCGCGCCUGCCAGUGCUGCUGCCAGACGUACUCGGAGAUCUUGAGCUUCCUGGAGAAGCGGGCGGAGGCCGAGCAGCGCCUGCGCGAGGAGGAGAUGGCGCUGAGACGCGAGGAGCUGGAGAUCCAGCGGAGCAAGAUCGCCCUGGAACGCGAGCGGCUCGGGGCCGAGAGGACUGAGCGCGAGAGGCGCUUCGAGCUGGAGAGCCAGGAGAGACAGGUCAUCCUGGACCUGCUCAAGGAGAAAGUGCUCAGGAACCCUGAGCCGGCCAGGGGGAAGGAUGCAGAGGGCUGAGAGACCAUGGCUGCUGCUGCUGGACCUGGAACAAUGAGAGUGUCCGAGUGGGAGGAUGUGUACUGAGAUGGGCCAGAGUUUUUUGCACAACGCCACAGAGGGCUCAGUUUCCCUGGAAUGAGCUAUGGUGAGAAGGGCUAAAUGAUGUGCUAAAAUCCAUCUUGAACUGAAUGGGAAGAAGAUAUUUGACAAAUUCUUUCCAUACCCAACCUUGCUGAAGACAUAUGUGACACAAAAGUGACACAAGACACUUGUGGUUCUUGCCUAAAACUUUUGCCAAUUUACCUAUGUGGACGCCAAUUUAAAACGGCUCUUCCUUUCACUUCUAUAUUGCUGGGUAAUUGUUGCUUUUUUAAAUAAAUGUAAUUAGAACUAACUUAUGUCCUUUAUUUUUAAAACUCUUUGUAAUGUGGUUUUAUUAAAUUGACAUGACUAGUCACAACAACCACGUGGCCUAUCCUUUUGAAUGACUACAUUGGUCGACAUUGUUUUUUAGAUUUGAUUACUUCUUUAUCUUUUUACUUUCUUACUUUAACUAAAAUGAAUCACGGCAGUCCCAGGACCUGUAAGCCUUACAAAUGAAACGAAGGAUCCAUUCGCCUGGCCAUACUAAGCAUUGCAGUGUUUUUGACAUCCUUUCCUUUGACCCGGUAGACAUUAAUAG